AUGAUUACCAAAAAGCAAUAUCAACAUGUUUUAGAACUUCAAAAUCAAUUAGACAAUUCCAAAUAUGAUAUAAAUAAUGAUCUAAGGACUAAUAAACCAGAUGGAGAUCAAGUAAAUAAAAUUAUUUAUAAAGAUCCAAAAGAUUUGAAAAAUGAUUAUCAAAGAGCAAAUGCAACUUUUUUCACAUUAGCAAGAAAUGAUGAUUUAUUUAAUUUAGCCGCUACAGUAAGAUCAGUUGAAGAUAGAUUUAAUCAUCAAUUCCAUUAUGAUUGGGUUUUCUUUAAUAAUGAACCAUUUUCUCAAGAAUUUCAAAGACAAAUAAAUAAUUUAUGUUCAGGAAAUGUAAAAUUUGAAAUUAUACCAAAAGAAUUUUGGGCUUAUCCAUAUUGGGUUGAUAAAGAUAAAGCUAAACAAGUUAGAAUUGAUUCAAGAUCUAAGAUGCCAUAUGGUGCAUCAGAAAAUUAUAGAUUUAUGUGUAGAUUUUUUUCAGGUUUUUAUCAUAAAUUAGAAGUUUUACAAAAAUAUGAUUAUGCAUGGAGAGCUGAACCUGAAACUACAUUACAUUGUGAUAUUAAUUAUGAUGUUUUCAAAUUUAUGAUUAAUAAUGAUAAACAUUAUGGUUUUACAAUAAGUGUUUAUGAAUUUCCUAAUACUGUUACAAGUUUAUGGAAAACAGUUACAAAAUUUAUUGAAAUGUAUCCACAAUUUAUUAAUCCAAAUAAUUUAUUAGGAUUUGUUAGUGGUGAUGAAGGUAGAACUUAUAAUCUUUGUCAUUUUUGGACAAAUUUUGAAAUUGUUGAUUUGAAUUUCUUAAGAUCUGAAGCUUAUGAAACUUAUUUCAAUUUCUUAGAUCAAUCAAAUGGAUUCUUUUAUGAAAGAUGGGGUGAUGCACCAGUUCAUUCUAUAGCAGUUUCAUUAUUUUUAAGUAAAGAUCAAGUUCACUAUUUUAAUGAUAUUGGAUAUUAUCAUAAACCAAUGUCAAAUUGUCCAAUUGAUGAUAAUUUAUGGAAAGAAAAUAAUUGUCUAUGUGAUCAAAAACAAGAUGUUACAUUUAGACCCUUUAGUUGUACAGAUAAGUAUUAUGAAUUGACAAAGACCAAUAAGCCAGAGAAAUGGAGAGAACACGCUGGGCCUAUGGAGAUGAAAGGUAAUCAAAGAGAGUAA